UGGUCACACGAGGGCUUGCGUUAUUUAUUUUCUUGGCUUAAUCCCAUUUUAUUUAAGUUAAUCGAAGCGCACAAUACAGUUUUAAGUAUAAAAUGAAUGUCAUGCUCCGUUGCACGUUCCUGCUGCUCACCCUGGCCAUUUGCGGCAGCUGGGCCAUCCGGUGCUUCCAGUGCUCCUCCGACCAGGAUCGCAAGGGGCACGACAGCUGUGGCGCCUACAAGAGAUUCAACCGCACCGAGCACAUUUCCAUUGAGUGCAACAGCGACGAGAGCCACAUGCCAGGAUCCUUCUGCAUGAAGGUGGUGCAGCAGGGACCUCGAGGAUUUAUCUGGGACGGUCGUUGGCGUCAGGUGAUUCGGCGAUGUGCAUCCGUUUCCGAUACCGGAGUGGUUGGCGUCUGUAACUGGGGAGUCUACGAGAACGGAGUGUACUGGGAGGAGUGCUAUUGCUCCAGCGACAGCUGCAAUGGCUCCAGCUUAGCUCAAAUGCAUGGAUCCCUGCAGCUUCUUUUGGGUCUUCUGCUAAUUGGCGCUGCCUCCAGAAUCUUUAGAAGUUAAUAGGAAAACCAGGCUUACCCUCACCACAAACAAAACACAAAAAGUGCCUUUUCGCCACGCUACAUGUAUUUAAGCUAGAAUUGACUUUUGAUAGCAGAAACACAUUCCGUCCACUCUUCCUGUCUAUAAUUAAGUCGAAAAGUUUAAAACAAUUAAUCGUAUUGGUAUACUAGUUGUCUAGUUACCCACACAGUGGCAGGUAAAUUUAAAAAUACCUUUACUAGACAACAUAUUUCAAUCAGAAGUAAACAUAAACACUUGCAAAUUUCGUAUGUCCCUUUUCCUUUUUGUUAAGUUAACGUACAUGCGUUUUUAAAAAGGAUUUUACUUCAUGCUUAUCUUACAUAAAUUUAUAAG